GGGUUGCAGAAAAAGAAAUGGCAAACAUAUUUGCCAGCGUUUGGGUUGAGAUAUCACCACUCUGCAUUUCAAACUUUGUAAAUACUGAAAUUAAUUUGGCCAAAAUAUGCAAAAUCACCGGUACAAAGAUUGUCAACAUGUUUGACAAGACAACAGUCCAGGGACAAUGGCACCAGAUUCUGAUGCUACACAGACUACUGGCGAAAAACCGGAUCAAGAAAGCCGUUAGAAAGGAAACGUUGUCCAAAGCAUUGCUACAGAAAUACAGGCUACAAAGAAAGACUCGAAAUCUGAUAACUCUCAAAGAACAUGGCAAAACAAAGGAUGUGACAAACAGAGAUGGAGCUUCCUUCGAGUCGAAACCAGAGAAAGAUAGGAGUUUGGAGGAGUGUGUAGCGUUUUCAAAUGAAAAUGAUACUUUUAGCAAGGAAUCCUGUGAAGAUCAAACAAACGAAGCUUCAGUUUUGAACUUUCAACAUGUUAAUGCAAGAGAUGCGAAGAUUCCAUCAGACAACAAUGAUAUACAGGAUCCCCAAAACACACUUGAAGGUGUAGAUAGCGUCAGUGGUGGUAAUGAUGCAGUGGACAUCACUUUGUCAACAGAAGCAAAGAUAACAAAACAAUUGCAGAAACAAAAGACUCCGGUUAACUUUAAAUGUUCCGUAUGCGACUUUAAAAGUAAUCAUAAGAAUUCUGUCAGGGAUCAUGAAUUACGAGUUCACUUUGCUUUACCAGAAAAAUGUAAACUUUGUGAAAAAGUAUUUUCUAGCCAUCAACACUUAGGGAGACACAUGCUUUCUCACAAAAACUCACAGUUUAUUUGUGAUGUCUGUGGGAAAAUAUACAAGUCUGCAAGAACUUUGGAGAAGCAUAAAAAAUCACACAACAUUGAUUAUAAAAUACCACAACUUGAAUGCAUACACUGUAAAAAAUCAUUUUCUUCAAAGGCAGUGUUGCAAAAUCACAUAGAAACUCAACAUGCAGGGAAAAAAUCUUCCUUUCUAUGCUCCACGUGUGGAAAGGUAUUCACUCGAAAAUAUUCUUUACAGCAACACCAAAUUGUUCACUCGGGAUCCAGACUUUAUUGUGAUGUUUGUCAGAAAUCGUUUUCUAGUGAAUCAUCCCUCAGGGACCACAGAAAUAUUCACACGGAUCUAAAAUCGUACAAGUGUCAAAUUUGUUCAAAAACAUUCAACCAAAGAACAACAUUACAAAAACAUUCAAAGAUUCAUUCAGUAGACAAAUCAUUUAAAUGUGUGGAGUGUGGCAGAGGUUUUACCCAGAAACAGGCUCUCCAGAGACAUGAACGAUUUCACAAGGGACUUAAGCCAUUUACCUGUAAAAUUUGCCAAAAAUCUUAUGGUGAUGCAGCAAUCAUAAGAAAGCACCUGAUUGUUGUUCAUAAAAUCCAUAAAGAUGCCAUGCAUUGGAAAGAAGAUAUAGUGCAAAACGAGUAUGACAAUUCAUUUGAUACUGAGUAUAAUACAUGUAAUACAAGUCACACAGAGAGAAAUGAAACACAAAUUCCAACAUAUGGAUCUUAUGAGGGCAAUGAAAUGAUUCCUACAGAGAAUUUAAAUGAAAUGCAGAUUUCGCUGACUGCUGAACACAAUGCUAAAUCUGUCCCAGCUCAUCCUGAAGAUUUAUCAAUGUCCUCCCAGGAAGUUCACCAAAUCCAGAGUCAAAUGCAUCAGCUACCAAUGUCUAUGUACUCCCAAACUCUCUACAGUGAACAUGUGGAUCCAACAGGAGUGGAUCCUAGUGUUUAUCCAUCUCAACAUGACCUAAACUCAGUAUCCACAUAUCCUUAUCUCUCAUCUGCCCAGGGACAGCCUGACCAGAAUCUGGAAAAUAACCACAAUUCCACAAACCCGUACCUAGCAUCCACACAGCCAACAUCAGCAGACAACAUGGAGGAAAAUCCAGCAUCCUCCCACCCCUACCUCCCCACCCAGCCCCACCCCCCACCACACGAGGAAGACCACUCAUCCUCCCACCCGUACCUCCCCACCCAGCCACACCCCCCACCACACGAGGAGGACCACUCAUCCUCCCACCAGUAUAACGACUCCAUUCUGGACAUGAGUGGCACACAGAGACCAGAGGGACUAACACCGAAACGUCUACCUGAUACAGACGCUGCUGAAAAUUUGUCCUUAUCUACACUUUAUGCCUAUUACUCAAGCUUAGCUUCACAAUAUCUGAAUAUGUCGGGGUACCCUGGGUAUACCCAGCCACCAGAGGAACAACAACAGCCUCAACAAAAUGUGUAAAAUAUCGGAUAAAGACCAGCAGUCUCAACAAAACAUGUAAAAUAUCGGAUAAAGACCAGCAGUCUCAACAAAACAUGUAAAAUAUUGGAUAAAGACCAGCAGCCUCAACAAAACGUGUAAAAUAUCGGACAUACAGCAGCAUCCACAACAAAACAUGUAAAAUAUCGGAAAAACAGCAGCAUCCUCAACAAAACGUGUAAAAUAUUGGACAAACAGCAGCAGCCUUAACAAGACGUGUAAAAUAUCGGAUAAAGACCAGUAGCAUCCACAACAAAACGUGUAAAAUAACAGACAUUUCACAGCAUUUUGACAUAAGAUUCAUUUUUAGGUGUAUUAGUAGUUGAAUU